AUGGGCUUGCGAUUCCUUCUUGACCUAGGAUGCCUAACCUAUGUAAAUGCAGGGCUUCUCUUCACUCUUCUUCACAUCGCAAACUUAACUUCUCUACUUUCUAGCUUGAGGGAGAUCUUGGAAAAUUUGUACUGCUUGUCGAAGAGAGAAGUCGCUGUGCAUCCCAAGGCCAACUGGGGGAAGUCCGGCUAG